GAUACAAGAUACAAAGAUCGACGCACGAUUGAAUGUCACCGAAGGAUCUGAUGUCAACAACGUUAUUCUCACAAAACGGUGACAACCGAACUCAAAAUGACAUUCUGAUUAAUGAUUACAAUCUAAUCAUUUUGGACUCAUCACCCCCAAGCCCUGUACAGCUCCCUAUUAUCUGCCUCUCACAACAUUAUCUGAAGCGGUUCUGAUCACUGAAGAAAAAUGUGGAAAAGCAGAGCCCUUGCCACCAAAAGAACCUCGAUUCGUCGACUCUGUCAGUGCCGUGCCAUGUCCUCAACGACGCUACCAAGAAAUCACGACAUUAAAAUCGUCGAAGUUGGUCCGAGAGAUGGCUUGCAGAACGAAAAGCAAUACGUCUCCACGAAAGACAAGAUCAAGCUGGUCCAAAUGCUGGCGGAUGCUGGUUGCUCCUACAUUGAAGCGGGUGCUUUUGUAUCACCCAAAUGGGUUCCCUCCAUGGCAAAUUCGACAGAAGUGAUGGAAGGGCUGAUUCCAUGGAAGAAGAGUCAAGGUGCUGUCUUGUCUUGCUUGACACCCAAUACAAAAGGAUUGGAUCUUGCCAUUGCGGCAGGAGCUGAUGAAGUUGCCAUUUUUGGGUCGGCCAGUGAAGCAUUCAGCCAAAAAAACAUCAAUUGCAGCAUUGAAGAGUCACUGGCUCGUUUUGAACAAGUUGCGGAGAGAGCAAAUCUCUUGAAGAUUCCCAUGAGGGGAUAUGUCUCGUGUGUCCUGGGCUGCCCCUAUCAAGGGUCGGUAGAAGCAUCUCAGGUGGCAAUGGUAACCGAAAAACUGCUCGAAUUGGGAUGUCACGAGGUUUCCCUUGGAGAUACCAUCGGCGUUGGAACACCCAAAACGACAAGGGCAAUGUUGGAAGCUGUUCAGGCCACCGUUGCCACAGAGAAUCUUGCCGUCCAUUUUCAUGAUACCUACGGAAUGGCAGUUGCCAAUGUGCUGACUGCGCUAGACCUGGGAAUCACUGUCGUAGACUCCUCCGUAGCGGGGCUUGGUGGGUGUCCCUAUGCGAAAGGGGCCAGUGGGAAUGUGGCAACAGAAGAAAUCGUUUACAUGAUGCACGGCCAAGGUCUGAGCACUGGGAUUGACCUGGACAAGCUCGUGGAUGCUGGCGAUUUCAUCUGCGGUGCUUUGCAAAAGGGAACUCAAAGCAAGGUUGGACGCGCCAUGUCAGCCAAGAGGAUUUAGUUUUAGUGGUGUCCAGGAACCAAGUUGAAGUGCUGGAAGUCAAAGCUAGCUAGAGAUUCAGGUUUCUUCGAAUAGCUAGACUCCAGCUACUACGAUUAUGGCAUGUUUCAAGCUGUCCAGUUCUAGUAACACAUAGCAAUGAUGUUAAUUUGUUU